AUGCGUGUGGUUGUCUUGCUGUCUCCAGCCAAAACGCUCAACUGGGCAACAUCGCCAGCCUCUCUGGCGGAGUUAUGGAGCCAACCAAAGCUGCUCCAGGCGGCCGAUCCUGUCGUCGAGGUCAUGCGAAAGAAGAAGAAGGCAGAUCUGAAGAAAUUGAUGUCAAUUAGCGACAACAUUGCCGACUUGAACGUGGAGCGAUUCAAGAAGUUCCUGGGUUCGUCCGAGGUGGAAAAAAUGUCUACGGCAGUCGACCUGGUGGCAGAUGUCGCCCGUCCGGCGGCGUUGGUGUUCGACGGGCCGGCAUACCGCGGCAUGGACGCGGCAACGUUUUCGGAGGAGGACUGGGCUUUCGGUGCGAGGUCGGUACGGCUGCUCUCCGGGUUAUAUGGUGUUCUGCGCCCGACCGACUUGAUUCAGCCCUAUCGCCUCGAAAUGGGAUCGAGGGUGGCGGUAGCGGGGAUGAAAGAUCUGUAUGAGUACUGGAAGGGAGAUAUUGCGCAAUGUAUCCUUGAAGACAUCCAAGGGGAGGGCUCCGUCAAGAGUGGCACCGACGAGUUUUUGGUCGUCAACGUGGCGUCGCAGGAGUAUUCCAAAGCUGUGGACUUCGAUCAGCUCGAAAGCGCAGGCGGAAAAGUCGUGACGUGCGUGUUCAAGGACGAUGGACGAGUGCUCUCGGUGUUCGCGAAGCGAGCCAGAGGGCUGCUUGCUCGCCACGUCGUCGUCAACCGAGCCAAGGAUAUCGCCGACCUAGAGUCGUUCUCGGCCGAAGGCUAUCGCCUUGACCGAUCGCAAUGCGGCGAUGGCCUUCUUGUGUUUACCCGAAGCAAAGCCCAACGUGCUGCACCAACAAAGCCAACGAUGGCAGCAAAGACACAAGCUAAGCCAAAAGGAAAGGGGAAAGCUAAGGCAGAGGCGGCACCGGAAGCGAAGGUCCCAUCCACCGCAGCACGGGGAAAGAAGCGAGCAGCCGCUGGUGCUGGUGCUGGUGCCACGAAAAAGAAAGCCACCACAGCUACGGGUGCUAGCGCCACAAGCGGCAAGCGAGGAGCACCAUCCGCGGGAGGGAAACGUGCCUCCAAGGCCAAAUCCAAGAAGGCGUGA